UACUACCCCCUUGAGUCUUGACCCUAAAAAAAAAAAAUAGAAACCGCCAAAUUCCGGUUCAGUUUCGGUAACACUCUGUUUGUAAUCGAGACAAGUCUUCUAUUCUUUAUUAUCCAGAGAGGAGUUUCUAUCUAUUAGCUUUCCUUUCAGUAGUACUGUUGAGAGGUAGCUUCGGAAAAUGACGUCGGGAACCAGAACGCCGACGUGGAAGGAAAGAGAGAAUAAUAAGAGAAGAGAGAGGAGACGAAGGGCGAUCGCCGCUAAGAUCUACGCUGGACUCCGAAUGUACGGAAACUACAAGCUCCCUAAGCACUGCGAUAAUAAUGAAGUCCUUAAAGCUCUCUGCAGUGAGGCCGGUUGGACAGUUGAAGAAGACGGCACCACUUACAGAAAGGGCUGCAAACCUGUCGAACGCAUGGACAUUAUCGGAGGGUCUGCAUCAGCAAGUCCGUGCUCAUCCUACCACCCAAGUCCAUGUGCAUCUUACAAUCCAAGUCCGGGAUCAUCUUCUUUCCCUAGUCCUGUUUCAUCUCGGUACACUGCGAAUACUAAUGGUAAUGCUGAUGCAAAUUCCCUCAUUCCAUGGCUUAAAAACCUCUCGUCUGUCUCAGUGUCAUCCAAGCAUCCUCACCAUCUCUUCAUUCACAGUGGCUCCAUAAGUGCUCCAGUCACCCCUCCAUUGAGCUCCCCAACUGCCCGAACUCCCCGCACCAAAAAUGACUGGGAUGACCCGGCUGGUGGUCCAUCCUGGGCAGGUCAGAAUUAUCCGUUCCCCUCAUCUAUGCCCUCAUCUACCCCACCAAGUCCUGGCCGUCAGGUCAUUCCUGAUUCAGGAUGGCUAGCUGGUAUUGAAAUUCCCCAAAGUGGACCGUCAUCACCCACAUUUAGCCUCGUGUCACGGAACCCAUUUGGCUUUAGGGAUGAGCCUUUAUCAGGUACCGGAUCACGAAUGUGGACGCCUGGGCAAAGUGGGACAUGCUCUCCUGCUGUUCCUGCAGGUGCUGACCAGACAGCAGAUGUUCCAAUGCCAGACAGUAUGGCAGCUGAGUUUGCUUUUGGAAAUCACACAACAUGGCUAGUGAAAGCCUGGGAAGGAGAAAGGAUCCAUGAGGAAUGUGUACCAGAUGAUCUUGAGCUUACACUUGGAAACUCCAAGACCAGGUAAAAGAGAACAACCAAAGCAGAAACUGUAGCCUGUUUUACAAAUCCUUCUAGUUUGCUUGUAAUGAUUUGAUAUCUUGAUGCAGAUAGGGGAGAACUGAUAGAAAGGGUGAAAAUGAUUAUCCUUGGAUCUCUUGAUUUGGCUUCUUCCUUUCCUUUAUGCCUUCGUGUCAAUGACUUCAUGUUGUUCAUGCUUCAGUUGGUAGGGAGCUGAGAUAGAAGUACAGUGAAUAGGAGCAUCGAUUCCUUUUUUCUUUUUCUUUUUUUGUUUUUUAAAAGAAGAAAAACUGAAAAAUUAAAUUAUAAAUAGUUCAUGUUGGUGUCUAAUUUGCACCUUCAGUUCAAUUCAUUAUUCCUUAAUUUUUCAUUUUCUAAUCCUUUUUCUUUUUCUUUUUUUCUUUCUUUUGUUGUGGGGGGAGGAAAGAGAAGUUUCGGUUGCAACAUUCAUAUUUGUUUGGUGUGAUUAUUUGCCAUUGAAAGGGAGUUUGGAUUUCAAGAUCAACUGAUUAGUUCUGACAA